AUGAGCCGCAGAAGGGCACACGAUGACGACGAUGGAUAUGACCGAGUUUACAAGAAACGCAGGAGGGUGUCGGAAAAUCAAGAAAUCGAGGAUCGCCUCGAGUCUCUUAUUUUACGAGUUGGAGAAAAAUCAACCUCUUCUCUGGAAAGUAAUCUAGAAGGCCUGGCAUCUGUGCUUGAAGCUGACCUUGGUUUGUUUAGAGGUAAAAUUUUGCGUAUUUUGACGGACUGUGCGAUUAAGAUGCCGGAAAAAUGUACCAUUUACACCACUCUUGUUGGCUUGCUGAAUGCCAAAAAUUUCAAUUUUGGUGGUGAAUUCGUUGAUUAUAUGGUAAAACAUUUCAAAGAGGCCUUGAAAGCUGGCAAAUGGGAAGUUGCAAGAUACUCUCUGAGAUUUUUGGCUGAUUUAGUUAACUGCCAUGUUUUAUCUUGUGGUUCUUUGAUGCAAAUGUUUGAUAAUCUACUGGAUGCAUCAAAUGAAGAUAGCGUUCCACAAGUUAGACGAGAUUGGUAUGUUUAUGCUGUGCUAUCAACUUUACCAUGGGUUGGAAGAGAACUUUUCGAGAAAAAAGAACAAGAACUUGAUCAUCUAAUGGUUACAAUUGAAGUUUUCUUAAAUAAACGCAGCAAGAAACAUCAACCUGCUCUUAGAGUAUGGUCCAGCGAUACACCACAUCCUCAAGAAGAAUACUUAGAUUGUUUAUGGGCUCAAGUAAGAAAAUUAAGACAAGAUAAUUGGGCAGAAAAACAUAUUCCAAGACCUUAUUUAGCUUUUGAUUCAAUUCUGUGUGAAGCACUCCAACAUAAUUUACCUGUGAUCAUACCUCCACCACAUCAUGAUGGGUAUAUUUAUCCAUUACCAACUGUAGUUUUUCGAAUGUUUGAUUACACUGAUUGCCCUGCAGAAGGUCCUUUACUACCAGGUAGCCAUGCUAUCGAAAGAUAUCUUAUUGAAGAGCACUUGCGUCAAAUAAUUGACACAUAUUACAUUGAGAGAAAAGAUUGUGCUGCACAACUUUUGAACUUCCCAUAUAAAGCCAAAAUUCCUCUAGACUACUGUAUUGUUGAAGUAAUGUUUGGAGAACUUUUUAAACUUCCUACACCAAAACAUUUGGAAGUGUGUUAUGGAUCAAUCAUGAUUGAACUUUGUAAAUUACAACCAUCAACAAUGCCUCAGGUUUUAGCUCAAGCAACGGAAAUCCUAUUUCGUCGCAUUGAUAGUAUGGCUACUGCAGCUUUUGAUAGAUUUGUAUGGUGGUUUUCUUAUCACUUGAGUAACUUUCAAUUCAGAUGGUCAUGGGAAGAUUGGGAUUCCUGUUUACUUCGUGAUGCUGAACAUCCUAGACCUAAAUUUAUUAAAGAAGUUUUGCUCAAAUCUCUAAGAUUAUCAUACUUUCAAAGAAUAAAAGAUAUGAUGCCAGAAAGUUAUGCUGAAUUGUUACCAGCUUUGCCCGAACCAAUUUAUAAGUACACUGCAGAGGGUGCAAGUUCAUUACCUGGCACAUCUGUAGCACAUGAACUUGUUGUUUCAAUAAGACGCAAGUGCACUCCAGAAGAAGCUCUGAAUGUUUUGAACUCUUUACCUGGACCAGGAGAAAACGAAGAAAAUUGUUCUUUUAAUCCUCUGAAAAUAGACGUAUUUGUUCAAACUCUAUUAAAUUUGGGGUCAAAAAGUUUUAGUCAUAGUUUUGCUGCGAUUGGGAAAUUUCAUUAUGUGUUCAAGGUUUUAGCAGAAUCGGAAGAAGCUCAAAUUUGUAUUCUUAGAAAUAUGUAUGCCCUAUGGAAGAAUCAUUACCAAAUGAUGAUUGUUUUAACAGAUAAACUUCUUAAAACUGGAAUAAUAGAGUGUAGUGCAGUUGCAAAUUGGAUUUUUUCUAAAGAAAUGGCUUCUGAAUUUACCAAAAUUUACAUUUGGGAAAUUCUACAUUUGACUAUAAGAAAAAAAAAUAAGCAUGUCAUAAAACUGACCAAAGAAUUAUCAGAUGCCAGAGAAAAAUUACGUCGGAAUGAAAACAGAUCCGGCUCAUCUUCUGACGAUGAUGAGAAAGAAAAAGAAAGACCUUCCGAGGAGGUAGUAGAAAGAAUGGAAGAAAAGUUGGAAGCUGCACAAGCUGAUCAAAAGAAUUUGUUUUUGAUUAUAUUCCAACGGUUUAUAAUGAUUCUUUCUGAACAUCUGUCAAAAUGUGAUACUGAUGGUGUUGAUUAUAACACACAUUGGUACAAAUGGACAAUUGGGAGACUUCAACAAGUUUUUAUGACUCAUCAUGAACAAGUUCAGAAAUAUUCAUCAACUUUGGAAACAUUACUUUUUACUUCAGACUUGGAUUCUCAUAUUUUAGAUGUAUUCCAUCAGUUUGUUUCUCUUCGUGCGUGAUUAUUCAUUAAUUAAUUGAUAAUUGUCAUGUGCAUCUUGAAUUAUAGACGAAGUGUAAAAUUUGUCAACUCAUAAUCAAUUUGUAAUUUUAUAAAAUUACGUAGCAACUUCUACUUCUUAAGAUUUAUGUAAGCAGAGGAAAAGAUGGAAUUGUAUAUCAAGUUCAAAUUCAUAAAGUCUUAACAGAUUUUUUAUUGUAAUGGUACAUUAUUAAUGUACAUUUUUGAUUCACAACAUUUAAUGACACUAUUUUUUACCUUAAGUUCUAUUAAUUCUACAUAGAAAAAAAGCAAAUAUACUGGAGAGAUUUUGAGAAUUAUAUAUAUAUUAUAUUUAAGUUUCAUGUGCAUAU